UUUAGCGUCCUCCCCCUAACUUAUGAUUUUAUAGCCAAUAGGUGAUGAGGCUUAUUUGCAUAUUUCCAGUCUCUUAAGCAGCAGUGGAGUGGAAACCGUGUCAGACUCGAUUCCUCCUCCUCUGAGGAAUUCUGCCCCUUCCAGCUGCCCUGCCCUCCUCCCCUUUUAAAGGCUGACUUGUCCUGCGGCGCUCUACCGCGCUCCAGUCCUCCGGCGCCUCCUGUUCAAUCCCCUGCUACGCGGAUCCGCUCCCUCCCGCCAGCCCGCGCCCCGCAUUUCCCGCAGCAGAAGGACGCGCCGGGAGAUGGAGAGCAAAGCCCUGCUCCUGGUGGCCCUGGGAGUGUGGCUUCAGAGUUUGACCGUCUUCCACGCAGGGGUGGCCGCAGCAGACGGGGGAAGAGAUUUUGCAGACAUAGAAAGUAAGUUUGCUCUAAGGACCCCUGAAGACACAGCCGAGGACACUUGCCACCUCAUUCCUGGAGUAGCAGAAUCUGUGUCUAAUUGCCACUUCAACCACAGCAGCAAGACCUUCGUGGUGAUCCAUGGCUGGACCGUGACAGGAAUGUAUGAGAGUUGGGUGCCCAAACUUGUGGCCGCCCUGUACAAGAGAGAACCUGAUUCCAAUGUCAUCGUAGUGGACUGGCUAUAUCGGGCCCAGCAACAUUAUCCGGUAUCUGCUGGCUACACCAAGCUGGUGGGAAACGAUGUGGCCAGGUUCAUCAACUGGAUGGAGGAAGAAUUUAACUACCCCCUGGACAAUGUCCACCUGUUGGGGUAUAGCCUCGGAGCCCACGCUGCUGGGGUGGCAGGAAGUCUGACCAACAAGAAGGUUAACAGAAUCACUGGCUUGGAUCCAGCCGGGCCUAACUUUGAGUAUGCAGAGGCCCCCAGCCGCCUUUCUCCUGAUGACGCAGAUUUCGUGGAUGUCUUACACACAUUCACCAGAGGGUCACCUGGCCGAAGUAUUGGGAUCCAGAAACCAGUAGGGCAUGUUGACAUUUAUCCCAACGGAGGCACUUUCCAGCCAGGAUGCAACAUCGGGGAAGCCAUUCGUGUGAUUGCAGAGAGGGGCCUUGGAGAUGUGGACCAGCUGGUGAAGUGCUCCCACGAGCGCUCCAUUCACCUCUUCAUUGACUCCCUGCUGAAUGAAGAAAACCCCAGCAAGGCGUACAGGUGCAACUCCAAGGAAGCGUUUGAGAAAGGGCUCUGCCUGAGUUGCAGAAAGAAUCGCUGCAACAAUGUGGGUUACGAGAUCAACAAGGUCAGAGCCAAAAGGAGCAGCAAGAUGUACCUGAAGACUCGCUCUCAGAUGCCCUACAAAGUGUUCCAUUAUCAAGUCAAGAUUCACUUUUCUGGGACUGAGAGUGACACUCAGCUCAACCAGGCCUUCGUGAUUUCUCUGUAUGGCACAGUGGCCGAAAGUGAGGACAUCCCCUUUACUCUGCCUGAGGUCUCCACGAACAAAACCUCCUCCUUCCUGAUUUAUACGGAGGUGGACAUCGGGGAGCUGCUAAUGAUGAAGCUGAAGUGGAAGAGCGACUCCUACUUCAGCUGGUCGGACUGGUGGAGCAGCCCCGGCUUUGUCCUCGAGAAGGUCCGAGUGAAGGCCGGGGAGACGCAGAAGAAGGUCAUCUUCUGUGCUAGGGAGAAAGUAUCUCAUUUACAGAAAGGAAAGGAUGCAGCAGUGUUUGUGAAAUGCCAUGACAAGUCUCUGAAGAAGUCUGGCUGACACUGGACAAUCCAAGAGGAGAAGAAAGCACUUGAGUUCUUUGAAGACUGAAGUAAACGAAGUAAAUUUUAUAAACAAAGAAAAAAAUACCCUUCUUUGGGUGUUUGAAAGUGGGUUUUCCUGAGUAUUAAUCCCAGCUCUAUCUUGUUAGUUAAAUUAGAAGACAGGCUCAAAUACUAAAACGUGGCUAAUACCAGGUGAGGAGUCUCGUGGCCAAUAGCAUGUCUUCCAGCAUCAGAGGACAGCAGAUAGGAGAAGCAUGGCGUCUUUUGUCCCUUAGGAAGGAAUCAUUGGUCCCCACAAAUAAGACUCCUUCGUGUGACCUGUUUGGUCAUGGACAAAUGUUAGUGAGGGCCUCUUAUUUUGUCAAAAUUCUGAGCCCUUUUCAAAGUUUUCUCCAAGUCUAAUAUAGAUAAUGUUUUGUGGCAUGAGUGAGAUCUAUUUCUUUAGCAGUUGAAACACCUGGCCUUUGUAACUAGUCCUUUUACCAUUGGGAUGAAACCAAAUAACAAACAAACAAACAAAUAAAUAAAUAGUAAUCAGGGAUGUGUGACUUAGCAAAAGCAAUGAAAUCCUGAGCCUUGGUCCCACCAUGACAAAGUACAAGUCAACAGAGAUACAGAACUAGAUGAGUAAUUCUUAAUAGACUUGAAUUUCUAUGGCUUAAUCCCUCCAUCUUUUAAAAGUUUGUUUUAUAGUUUAACAUUGUUCUCUGGGUAGAUGUUGAAAAUGUCACCUUAUAAUUCAGAUGACAUAUAAAUUGAACUGAAAGAAAACAGUGCCGAGUUUGAUUUUACUUUUAUAUUUUGCUUUUUGGAGGAAAUGUCUCAUUUAUCCCACUCUGUAGCCAAGCCUGACCUAGAACUCAACUCUGUUGUUCAGACUUGCCUUGAACUCUCAGUGAUCCUCCUGCCUGAGUGCUGGGGUUGUUGGCAUGAACCGCAUCUGGCUUGAUACCAUAAUUUUAUUACCAGAUUUUUUACUAUUUGUUUUUAUCGACUUGAACACACUCGAUAGCCAAUAGUUAGCAUUUAGUCUGAGACUUCUUGGCUGUGCCUCCGUCACACUUCUAACACAUCACAUUCAUUUCUAGUUUAGAUGUGAUCAAGUUCAAAUUCUACAUCAUGCAAAGUACAAAUUUUACAUCAGGACUGCCUUACCCCAUGAGAGUUGAAAUUACUGGGAGAUAUGAUCAUCAGUGCUUGUAAAUUGUUGUGUACAAAGAAGGGCGUUGCCGAUUGCAAUAGCUACAGGAAUUACCAGGUGGGCUGCCACUAUUUUGUUUUACUUUAAAAAAAAGAAAGAAACUAAUCAAGAGUGAGUGAACAAUUAUUUAUGAACUAGAUCUCAUAUUUUCAGAAUGUUUUUACUAUGUAUUAAUACAAAAUGAUAAAGAAGUUCUAUGCCAGAGGUUAUUGGCUGGGAACAUAAACUGUGAAAUGUGUGGGUGUCUGAACCAACUAUCCACAUGCAAAGCCCCACAAAUGUAAUUGUCAUUCAAUGUCAUUUGGAAAGGAAAGAGUCAAGGGAUGUCCUGGAAAAUGGUCAGAGAAGUAGUUCCAGAUAUGCUGCAUUGUUAGCCCUUGCUGGGAGAAGGAUGGUUGUACCCAUGUAAUAUAGGACAAAAGUGACUGAUUUCAUCAGGCUUGGAGACAAUUCUAGAAAUAAAACGAUGUACAAUUUGU